AAACGUCACCUUUUCCUUUGGUGAGCAAGGUGUGUUCACGUGAGGUUGUGUGUUCCCUCGGGUAGGUCACACAAUCCUCAGGAUUUCGUGAAAAUAUUCUUGUAAAAUAAAAAAAAAAAACAUAAAAUAAUUAAAAACCCAAAAAAAUAGUAAAAUAAUAAAAAAUAAACGGGAAUCACUUGAUUUUAAGUUAGUGUACGUAAGCGUGCAACGUGGUCUGAGGAAUGCGAUAGUCAUUAUAAAGAGAAAGUGAAGUUUAUCUUUACUAAGUUUAGUUAAUGUCCACGUAAAACGAUAUAAGUGAGCUUGCAAAAUGAAUCCUGGACCACCCAAUUACCCGAUGGCUUCGCUGUAUGUUGGAGAUUUACACUCCGAUAUUACUGAAGCCAUGUUGUUUGAGAAAUUUUCAACUGCUGGUCCAGUACUCUCUAUACGCGUUUGCCGCGACAUGAUAACUCGUAGAUCCCUUGGCUACGCUUAUGUAAAUUUCCAGCAGCCUGCCGACGCUGAAAGAGCUUUGGACUCCAUGAAUUUUGACAUCAUUAAAGGCAGGCCAAUUAGAAUCAUGUGGUCCCAAAGAGAUCCUUCCCUGCGCAAGUCUGGAGUUGGUAAUGUUUUUAUUAAAAACCUUGACAAGACCAUUGACAACAAAGCAAUGUAUGACACUUUCUCGGCUUUUGGAAAUAUCUUGAGUUGUAAAGUAGCUCAAGAUGAAACUGGUGCCUCAAAAGGAUAUGGUUUUGUACAUUUUGAAACUGAAGAAGCAGCCAAUAAGUCAAUUGAAAAAGUUAAUGGUAUGUUGUUAAAUGGGAAAAAAGUAUACGUAGGCAGAUUCAUUCCUCGUAAGGAACGUGAAAAGGAACUCGGUGAGAAGGCUAAACUGUUCACCAAUGUUUAUGUGAAAAACUUUGGAGAAGAUUUCUCUGACGAAAUGUUGAAGGAGAUGUUUGAAAAGUAUGGACGUAUUACAAGCCAUAAAGUGAUGUAUAAGGACGAUGGAACAUCCAGAGGUUUUGGGUUUGUUGCAUUUGAAGACCCAGAUGCAGCUGAGAGGGCUUGUAUGGAACUGAAUGGUAAAGAACUUGUCGAAGGAAAGCCUUUAUAUGUGGGACGAGCUCAAAAGAAAGCUGAGCGCCAAAAGGAAUUGAAACGUAAAUUUGAGCAAUUAAAAUCUGAACGUUUGACUCGUUACCAAGGAGUUAAUUUGUAUGUUAAAAACUUAGAUGACACAAUUGAUGACGAGCGUCUCAGAAAAGAAUUUGCUCCAUUCGGUACAAUUACUUCUGCCAAGGUUAUGUUGGAAGAUGGACGCAGUAAAGGCUUUGGUUUUGUCUGCUUUUCAUCCCCCGAAGAAGCUACAAAAGCUGUUACAGAGAUGAAUGGACGCAUUGUAGGCACGAAACCGCUUUAUGUAGCAUUAGCUCAACGUAAAGAAGACCGGAAAGCUCAUCUAACAUCCCAAUAUAUGCAACGUAUGGCAAGUGUGCGAAUGCAACAAAUGGGUCAAAUAUUCCAACCAGGUGGGGCCGGCGGAUAUUUUGUGCCAACAAUACCACCUGCUCAACGUUUCUAUGGUCCAGCACAAAUGACUCAGAUAAGACCAUCGCCUCGUUGGACUGCUCAACCUCCUGUCAGGCCUAGUACUCAAACCGCAGCUUCAGCAUAUGCCAAUAUGCAACCACCGUAUCGUCCUGCACCAAGGGCGCCUGCUCAAGCUACUCUGCGUACAUCUUUGGGGGCUAGGCCAAUUACUGGUCAACAAGGUGUGGCAACAGCAGCAGCAUCUAUUCGUGCACCUCUUGUUACUCAAAGUAGUCGCCCAGCAGGUUAUAAGUAUACUGCUAAUAUGCGAAAUCCACCGGCACCGCAACCUGCAGUCCACAUUCAAGGUCAAGAGCCAUUAACUGCUACUAUGUUAGCUGCCGCUCCCUUACAAGAGCAAAAACAGAUGCUAGGUGAAAGACUUUUCCCACUUAUACAAAGAAUGCAUCCUGAUUUGGCAGGUAAAAUUACCGGAAUGCUUUUGGAAAUUGAUAAUUCAGAGCUUCUCCAUAUGUUGGAACAUGGAGAAUCUCUCAAAGCUAAAGUGGAUGAAGCAGUUGCUGUAUUACAAGCCCAUCAGGCUAAACAACAAGCAACUAAAAAGGAGUAAUAAUAACCACUGCCCAUGUAGCUGGUGAUUAGAAUUAAUAUUGCCUUGUGUUAAUUUUUUUUGCUUUGAACUCCUUUAAUAUUGUUUAUCAAUCCCGAUCAUAAAAAAAAAUUAAAAAAUAAUAAAUAAAAAUUGAAAAAAGUUAAAAUGCUGAGUGCACCCAAAAACAUGUUUGUAUUUUACUAUGAAUUUUGGGGUGUAUUUCCGCAAACAAAAACAAAUGUAACUAUCAACAUUUCUACAUUUUGAAAAAGUUACACUAUUCAGGACUUUUUACAUUGACUAAGAAGUUUGGUUUUAGUUUUUAUUCAUGUCAGAUAUUUUUUCUUUUCAUAUUCAUUAUAUUUUGAUGUCUCAGAUAUGGAGUUGGCUUUUUGUUCUUUCAUUUUUCUUUCUUUCUAUAUCGGUAAACAUUUUGAUACCUUGGAUUGUAAACUUGGUCUCUAGGUUACUGAUUAAAAUAUGUACUUUUAUGAUUUGUUAUAUAUACUGUGGAAUAUUCACAAAUAAAA